CUUCACAGGAGGCGCAUUAGCAUUUACCCUCAGGCAGGGGGUUGGAUCCGCGCGGUGUUGAUGCCUUCAGCAUCCCGGCGCCUCGGAGCCCAGGGAGAUCUACGCACAGCCAGACCGGGCUGAACACCCAUCCGGUGAGACAGGAGGGCAGGUUUCCAAGCGCCGCUCCGCCACACUUGAUCUCAGCGCUGGGAAAGUGAAGCGAGCAACCGACAGCCACGAUGCCGGCCCACAUGCUCCAAGAGAUCUCCAGUUCCUACACGACCACCACUACCAUCACAGAGCCUCCUUCCGGAAACCUGCAGAAUGGACGAGAGAAGAUGAAGAAGGUGCCCCUCUAUCUGGAAGAAGACAUCCGUCCUGAAAUGAGAGAAGAUAUCCACGACCCCAGCUACCAGGAUGAGGAGGGGCCCCCGCCCAAGCUGGAGUACGUCUGGAGGAACAUCAUCCUCAUGGCCCUGCUGCACGUGGGAGCCCUGUACGGGAUCACACUGAUCCCCUCCUCCAAGGUCUACACCUUGCUCUGGGGGAUAUUUUACUACCUUAUCAGUGCCCUGGGCAUCACAGCCGGGGCUCAUCGCCUGUGGAGCCACAGGACUUACAAGGCUCGGCUGCCCCUGAGGAUCUUCCUCAUCAUUGCCAACACCAUGGCGUUCCAGAACGAUGUGUAUGAAUGGGCCCGGGAUCACCGCGCCCACCACAAGUUCUCUGAGACACACGCCGACCCUCACAACUCCCGCCGUGGCUUUUUCUUCUCUCACGUGGGUUGGCUGCUUGUGCGCAAACACCCGGCUGUCAAAGAGAAGGGCGGAAAGCUGGACAUGUCUGACCUGAAAGCUGAGAAGCUGGUGAUGUUCCAGAGGAGGUACUACAAGCCUGGCCUCCUGCUCAUGUGCUUCAUCCUGCCCACACUGGUGCCCUGGUACUGCUGGGGCGAAACUUUCCUGCACAGCCUGUUCGUCAGCACCUUCUUGAGAUACACUCUGGUGCUCAACGCCACCUGGCUGGUGAACAGCGCUGCCCACCUCUAUGGGUAUCGCCCCUACGACAAGAACAUUCAAUCUCGGGAGAACAUCCUGGUUUCCCUGGGUGCCGUGGGCGAGGGCUUCCACAACUACCAUCACGCCUUCCCCUACGACUACUCUGCCAGUGAGUACCGCUGGCACAUCAACUUCACCACGUUCUUCAUCGACUGCAUGGCUGCCCUGGGCCUGGCUUACGACCGGAAAAAAGUUUCUAAGGCCGCUGUCUUAGCCAGGAUUAAGAGAACUGGAGAUGGGAGCCACAAGAGUAGCUGAGUUCUGGGCUUCUGAGUUCCUGUUCCAAAAGUUUUCUGGGCAGAGAUUUAAUAUUCUGUUGAUUAACUACUGGAUAAUGCUAUCGGAAUGUUAAUGAUGCAUUUAAACUAUUCCGGUACAGUAUUAUGAGAAAGCUUUGAUCAUGUUUUGAGGUAAUGCAUAUUUUAAUUAGCCAGGAUUAACCAUGCCACAAUACAUAUAUAUUUCUAAGCAUACAUGAUAAAUGCAUAUACAAUUGUGCACAUCAGCUUUAAAUAAUAACGAUGAAUUUGAACAUUCUAUACAGAGAGUAUUAAAGCCAAGGAACAUGCUGUUUUGAUGCUAGGGCAAGCAUGGUGCUCUUUCCCUGUUUGCACUGCAUCCAGCUUCGUUCCUUCCUCUGUCAUCACCAUCUUCAGGCAAAUAGCUGACCAGCCACUGGCCUGUGUCCACCUUCCAAAGCCCAGGCAACCUUUCUGCUUUCUGAAAUACUGAUCCUUCCUCCUGGAUAUGUCUUUCCUUGUUCUGAACUUUGAGAUUGCUGGCUCAGACUUAAGAUAGAACAAAAACCUUCCUGGAAGUUCCCACUGGUGAACUUCACUAUAGGUUUUGCCAGAGGGAAUAGGGAAAUUAUCUUGAUUGUAGCAAGUAGAUCACCUUGAGAGAAGAAUUAGCACGCACGGUGUGGUUUGUAAGUAAGGAUGGGAGAGAGCUAGGAAAAGGUAGCCAUAUCUAAUGGCCUACUUACCAAAGCCCCCAGGCCUCUCUGCAUAGCAUGACUCCUUCCAGUCCAUAUUCUGAACAACAGAAAUUAGUGAGAUUUGAAUAAUUAAAUUAUUUUCAGAGUGAAGGGAAUGGGAAAUGCAUGGUCUGUGCUAGGGGCGGAGAGUGGGGAAGGGUUAGCUUUUGGUAACUGAAGAUUUCUUCAUGGAAAGAGUCUUAAUGUUAAAUGUGCCUAGAACUGGUAACUAAACAGCUGACAUUUGGAGGGAAUGUGGUGUAAAACUAUGUAAAUAUAAGCAAAAUCUGCACAUGAAAAUAUUUCACUUAGAAAAAGUGUUGCUAAAGAAAAAAAUUCGAAGGACAAGAGGUGUUGCCUGGGUUGCCAGUUUCUUUCGUGGCAGGGCAGGAAAUAGUGAGGUUGAGAGGCAGCAUCUGUAAGUAGAUGCUAAGAGGUACAUUUCUAAAUGAAGCCCUUGGGGAACAUCUGCCAGGGAUCUAGAGAGUGCUGGUUUCAUCCAUUGUUUUAAUUUCCUCCUUGGAUUGAGUAGAAACGUGGCUUCUUGUGGUGUUGAACCUUCCCCGACUUCUUUGCUUUGUUGCCAUCUAGCCUGCCCAGCACUGCCUAGGGAGCGCCUACCCACCCUGAUUUCUUCUGCCAGCUCCUACCCACCCUGAUUUCUUCUGCCACUUCUUUCUUUGGCAUUCAUUUUUCUUUCCCUGGACAGGAAGCUAGUUACCCGAGUGUAUCAGGAGCACCUAGGCUUGCCUUUGUCCAGGCCCAUUCCUCCUGGUAUCCUUGGGUGUGGAACUGCUGGACAGCUUCAGGAAGCAGAGCCAGGUGCCACUUUUCUGUGGCUUCCAGAUCCUCCCUACCUCCACCCCUAUGUGCCUCUGCCACAGUAAUUUCAGAAAAGCUUGGUACACCCUCUAGCAACAUCUUGGUUCAGAGAGUCUCUCUGGCUUGUGAGUUAACAGCUCAGCCAAAUGCUGUGUUGUCUCAGUGAGGCAACCACUGAACGAGAGGGUUGGUUGUUGGGCUGUCUCUGUGUGAGUCAGAGUAGACAACAUGUUCACUUCUUCCUGUCUGCUUUGCAAGGUGUCUCUGACUGAUCAAGGCAGGCAGGGAGUGGUAUAGUACUUCUGAAAGGAAGAAGUUCCCUAUUUAUCUGUUAAAAGACCAGAGGCAUGGGCAAGUGCUCAGGACCUCACUUCGGGAAGAGGGUCUGCUUCCUGAAGCCAGUGUAUAAGGAAAAGCUUCGACUGAAACCUGGUAUCUAAGGUACCAUGAACUAACACUCUAUCACACAGCCCAGGGCAAACAGUGGUAUAGAAAAGUCUAGAAGAAAACAUCACAUCAGUAUUUUAGAACCAUCCACCUUUACUGUCCCUGUAGCCCAAUCCAGAGCCUGGCUUUUAGAUCUGGCUGCGUACAGUGCCAAAUGCUCAGUUUACUUGUAAGAUCAGAGCCUUUCUUUCUGUGUUAAUUGAACACAUGCUCUGAGCUGUUUUGUUGAAGUAGAAAAUCUAGUAGAAAAUCACUGUAGAUCUGAUGACCUGGAAACCUCUGGAAAUGCCUUCGGGGUGGUUUUAUUUUUCCAGGUCACAGAUGCCUGAUUUAUAAGAUGAACAAUGAAAUCAGCUUUCUUUCUCUUCUGAUCUUAUUCCCUGGAUUUGAUGCAGCCCAUGUUCCAAAGCAAAGCUACAUAGAGACUUCAGGCUGAGGUCCUGGUGUCUUUAAGCAAAGGACACUCUUUCAGAUCCUCUCAGAGGCGGAUUUGUAACAGUUUCCACAUGAAUGUACUAAUCAUGUUGGGUGCCUUAUCGCUUUCCUAAUCUACAGUGCCUGUUAGCCCAGCCUCACUCCUUCCCUUAACCCUGAGAUCCCGUAGAUGGAGCGGGUGUAGACAAGAGGCUGGCUGGAGGAUCAUCAGUACAGUGAUUUGCAGAAAUCUUUUAUGGGCUUCAUUUUGGAAAAAUUUGUUUUUAGUAAAUGCUCAAAUUUGGUGGGAAGUAAUUUGAAUGUAUUUGAUUGUAUUGUCCUCAUUACAAUUGUUAAUUAGACACGUUCUACAUGACAGUAGUACUCAGGGGAGUUUUCUCCCUGGGCUGCUAAUAUCUGGGUGUAAUCUCUGAAACUGUAGGUCCAGUGAGGCGGCGUGAAAAGUUAGCAAAGCCACCAUCUGCUGGUGGUUUAAGCCAAGGCCUCUCUUCUUCGCCACUGACUUGCUAUGUUAUCCUUUCUCUUGUAACAAACCCAUCCCAGAGAUGAGGCCUUUAAUCAUCCCAAGAACCUCCUGGGCUAAGUAUCUGACAGUCUCACAUCUCAACAUCGUGUAUUAAGUGUCCAGAACAUCAGCUCAGGAGGACACGCUGAAACUCUCACUCUGGGCGAGUCCUGAUAAAACAGGCUCCUAAUACUGACCUACCUCAAGGGCAGUUCUGAGGUGAUUAGAGCCUUUUCUUUUUUUAAGCAAGUGUUUGGAGAUGCAUGGCAGAGGUUUUCCUGCAGACUUGUAAAGAGCUAGAUGUGUUCUAAAGACCAUCUUUAGUCUACAUUGCUCUUCCCAGAGAUCUACAACUAUGACCCAGCCAAAGUGCAAGCCUACCUACUCACUGCCAUAAAAACUAUUCAGGAAACCUUUUCCUGGCCUGAAUGAGAUUUUCUUUUUUUUUUUUUAUGUGGGGCGGUUAUUUGUGACCCAAGUGUAAUUUGGAUGAUUUUUAAUUAAUAUCAACUCUUGAAGCCUAAUUGUACUGAUUUGAGAUUGCAUUUGUUCCUAAUAAAAGUGGAUCUAGCUGUGCUGCCUGGGA